GCACGUUUCAUCAGAGUGUCACGAAUACAACUUGCCACCAUUCCCAUGAGUGCGGAGAACGCAUCGCAGCUGCCGCUUUUAGCCCUCCCAGCAACGUCGAUAGAAGACGCCCACGCGGUCCCAAAUGUGACCGUUGGAGGCGCUUCCGUUGCGCUGGAUCAUCUCGGCCCCAUCGUCGUGCAGCCGGAUGGAACGCUCAUGCGAAUCUCAGACUGGGCGACCAAGACCGACCACGAAAAGCAAACCAUCUCGCGCGUGAUUGCCAAGCGCAACAAGGAACGGCUAGAAGCCUUGCAAGCUGCUCAAAACUCAGAACUCGACUAGGGGUGGUGCGACCGUCCCAUGCGUACACCUGUACAACGACAAUAUGCACGAACUGGUGGGCUCGAGAAGAGCUUUCCAUCGAAAUAUACGCUUGAAUAUACACGUCAUUUAUAGAGCA